AUGAAAUAAAACGUAUACUCAUUAGAUGCAGAUAUCAUAGGUCUUUAAGAAGUAGUAUUUGGGGCUGAAUAACUAGAUGAACUCUAAUAUCCAGAGUAAACUGAUGAUAUCCAGCAUCAGGUUAGGCAUAAUUUAGUCCUAGAGAAAAGAUCAGAGGGAUAUUCGGCUAUUAGCCAUAGUGUGUAACUUCCUAUCUUCAAGUACAAUAAUAACCCAGAUAGGAAUGCCAAAUUAGACGGCAAUGCUACUCUACUUUGCAGAUAGUUCUUAGGAAGUGAUCUAAAUCAAAUAGAGAAAGAAGAUUGCUUGCAAAUGAGUGCAUUCAGAAAUGCCUAAAGAAUAGUCAUAAGAUUAGGAUAAACUGCUAGAAGGUUGCACUUCAUUAAUACUCACUUGCAUCAUGUAAUUGAGGAUGAGCAUGUGCGACUUGAACAAAUGAAAAGCAUACUUUAUUGGGUUGAAUUAGGACUAUAAGAUGACGACAUUGUAGUCAUGGUCGGUGAUUUAAAUGCUAUAGUGGGAAGUCUUACUUAUUAGUUUAUUUGCUAGUAGGGAUAUACGUCCUCAUUUUUAGAUGUUAAUGGGUUCGAGCCAAAAUUCACUUUCCCAACAGGACUAUAGGCUGAGUUCAUGGAUACAGAUCCUCCAGGAACAUUUGAUUAUAUUUUCUACAAAGGCAGAGGUAUAAGACCAAUAAAAUCUGUGAUAAAAGGAGAUCAACCAAGUGAAAAUGAUCAAACUAUUUAUGGGUCUGAUCAUAUGGCUGUUGUUACUGAAUUUAUUAUCUAGCCUUGA